AUGGAUUCGAUAUCUUUCGACAACGUGAAAGCAGAGAAAGCCAAUGCGCUGCACCGUUUCCAGAGCAUUGGUUUCCUCUUCCGUAUAGCAGAGAUCUGCCUCGCUCUCCUCUUACUAUGUUGGUUCUUCUCUUCCCUUCCUUUCGCCGCUCGUAUCUCCGGCGAGUUUCUCCGUCGUCUCGCUUGCUUCGUCUCCUCUCCUCUCUUUAUGUUCGUCCUCGGUAACUCCAUCGUCGUCGCUCUUCUCACCACCAAAUCCACCGUCUUCUCCAGCAGCGUCGACGGUGGAGCAGAGGCGGAUCAUAUCUACGACGUGUUCAUCAGAUCCGGUGAGGGUCGCACCCAUUGUUCCGACGUUAGAGAUCUGUCGGAAGAGACCACUGUUUACGACGACAAACAGAUGAUCGACACUGAAACUGAUUCGGUUUCAAAUUCAAUAUUAGUUCCCACGGUGGCGCGUGAAGAUCACGUGACAAUCGAACCGGAGAAGGAGUCGGUUACGGUUACUGAUUUAACUAAGGAUCAUUCUCCUCCGAAGAAGGUCUAUCGAAGAAGCAAAUCGGAAAAACGGAGACCAGUUACUGUGACGGAACCUUCGCUCCGGCGAUCGGAGACGGCGAAGUGUCGUGAAACUGUUAAAUUGUCUGAAGAAGUGCCGUGUCCGGAGGAUAAUCUGACAAACGAAGAGUUUCAGAAAACGAUCGAAGCAUUCAUCGCUAAACAGUUGAUCUUCCGUCGCCGAGAAUCUCUCGCCGUCGUUAUCCAUAACCACAUCUAA